AUGAGUGAGGAUUCUUCGGUACAUCAAACGUUAUCGUCGCAUCGAUCGCCACAACAACCGGCACAGUCUCACGUUACUCAGCAGCAUCAGAUGCAGGAUCAGCAGGCAAUGUGGGGGCACUUUCAACAGCAGUUGUCUGCCCGGCAGGUUGUGCCUAAGGAGCUCCCAACGUUUACGGGAAAUCCUGAGGAAUGCCCACUUUUCAUAAGCAUCUACCGCAAUUCUACUGCUAUGUGUGGCUAUUCGCAGGCCGAAAAUUUGAUGAGGCUGCAGAAGUGCCUCAGAGGCAAAGCAUUGGAGGCAGUCCGGAGCAAUCUAUUGCUGCCGUCAUCGGUCCCGAAAAUUAUGCAAACGUUGGAAACAUUGUUCGGGAGCCCAGAGCGACUGGUACAGUCGCUGCUUAUCAAGGUUCGUAACGUGCCUACUCCGAAAGCUGAAAGGUUAGAGACGUUGGUAAACUUCGGUCUCGUCGUUCAGAACCUUGUUGGCCAUCUUCAGGCCGCCAAUCAACAUGCACAUCUGAACAAUCCAACACUUCUACAGGAGUUGGUGGAUAAGUUGCCGCCACAUCUCCGACUAGAUUGGGCGCUUUACAAAAGAAACGCUGGACAAGUAGACUUGGGAUCAUUUUGCGAUUACAUGACUGCAAUCACGUCUGCUGCCAGUGAUGUGGCGCAUUUCACCGACUUUGACGGAGUUCGACCCUGCGGACACGACAAGCAGAAGAAAGAUAAGGCGUUCGUCAAUGCUCAUGUGUCUGAGCCCCGGAAGCUUGAGCAGCAAAGAAAGAAGGUGGACACUCAGGACAGGCCGUGUUACGUGUGCCAAAGCAUUAGGCACCGAAUCAAGGACUGCAGCAAGUUUAAAUCUUUGUCGCUCGGAGAACGGUUGAAAACCGUCGAAACACACCAGCUUUGUGCAGUCUGCCUAGUCCCUCAUGGAAGAUGGGCCUGCAGGUCAUCUCGAACUUGUGGGAUCGGAGAUUGCACCAAACAACACCAUCCAUCACUUCAUCCAAAUCAGCCGUCCGCCACUAAAACGACCGGUCCUGAAAGUUCAGGAGCUCGUGCAAAAUCCGACGCCACGAUCAACGUUCAUCGCGGAAUCCAAAGCGCGACGAUAUUCCGUGUUAUCCCGGUGGUGCUGUACGGUAACGAGGCCAAACUAUCGACCUUUGCCUUUUUUGAUGAAGGUUCGUCGUCGACGCUAAUCGACAGAGAAGUUGCCGAUCUACUGAACCUUGGUGGGACAUCGCAGCCACUCUGUUUAACAUGGACAGGGAAGGUGGCUCGUCACGAAAAAGACUCUCGGCUGGUUAGUUUGAAAAUUUCCGGUGAGGACAGCAGCAGAAGUUUCGCAUUGUCCGGUGUUAGCUCUGUGAAACAGCUAGAUCUUCCCGUGCAAACAAUGCAGUAUGAAGAAUUAGCUAGUCAGUACCCCUAUUUGUCCGGGCUUCCAGUGAAAAGCUAUGAGGAAGCCGUGCCACGUAUCCUGAUUGGACUAGACAAUAUAAAGUUGUCACUACCCCUGAAGACACGCGGAGGACAGAUAAACGGGCCGGUGGCAGCAAAAACGAGGCUCGGAUGGACGCUCUUCGGGAGCAUCGACAAUGCGAAGGUGGAUUCUUUGUCGCCUGUUUUCCACAUUUGUAAAAGCGCAGAAGAAAGUAGCCUUCACGACCUAGUUGAAGGCUAUUUUGCAACGGAGAAUCUCGGGGUUUCGGUCACGUGUGGUCCAGAAGCUGACGAAGAUCGCCGGGCAAAGGAUAUUUUGCAACGAACAACAGUCAAGCGUGCCGACGGUCACUACGAAACCGGCUUGCUAUGGCGAUACGAUAUUAUGGAGCUACCACCUAGCUACGGUAUGGCCGAGCGUCGCCUGAUUUGCCUCGAGAAGAAGCUGCGGAAAUAUCCGGAACUACAAGCGAGUUUGGAAAAACAGAUUGCCGAAUAUCAGUGCAAAGGUUACGCCCACAAAGCAACGACUGAGGAAUUGGAGGAGAACGAUCCUCUUCGAACGUGGUACCUCCCACUCGGAGUAGUAACAAAUCCCCGGAAGCCCGGGAAGGUGCGAAUCAUUUGGGAUGCGGCGGCCAAGGCGCGUGGAGUGUCUCUGAACGACAUGCUCCUCAAGGGGCCGGACCUUCUAACUUCGUUGCCAGCUGUGUUAUGUCGUUUUCGGCAGCGACAGGGCGCGAUUGCAGGUGACAUCCGCGAGAUGUAUCACCAGCUGAAGAUUAGACGAGAAGAUCGGCAAGUUCAGCGGUUUCUGUACAGAACCAACUUUGUCAAGAACAAGAACGCUAUGGAAUGGAAAGACGAUUAUCCAGAAGCGGCAACUGCGGUAGUUGAAAACCACUAUGUGGACGAUUACCUGGAUAGUCGAGAUUCGGAGGAUGAUAUGGUCAAACUGGCCAUGGAUGUGCGAAUGAUCCAGGAAAGCGCCGGAUUUCAACUGCGAAACUGGCGAUCCAAUUCCAAGAAAGUGCUGCAUCUCAUGGGUGAAGAAGCAACGGACUACAGAAAGGACUUCAGCGUCGAUAAACAAAGCCAAAUGGAACGCGUCCUAGGUAUGGCCUGGCUACCCGACGAGGAUGUUUUUGUGUAUUCCGUGAAGUUACCGAACGAUUUCGACUGCUUAGAAUCAACAAACACCAUCACGAAACGAAGUGUCCUUAGAUUCGUAAUGAGUGUGUUUGAUCCGCUUGGACUAAUAUCAAACCUGCUCAUCCAUGGUAAGAUGUUGAUCCAAGACCAUAGGAGGGCUAAGGUUGGAUGGGACGAGGCUAUUCCAGCAGAAAUAUCCAAGCAGUGGGAACGAUGGAUCGCACAGCUUUCCAAACUGGACCAAAUUCGGAUCCCGCGUUGCUAUUUUCCCGGAUACGAUCCGGAUAGUUUCCAAACGAUGCAGUUACAUGUAUUCGUGGAUGCGAGUGAGUCGGCCUUCGCUUGUGUCGCCUACUUUCGGAUCGUCGAUCGCGGCCAGCCAAGAUGUACAUUGGUAGCCUCCAAGGCGAAAGUUGCUCCCUUAAUCUCGAUGUCCGUUCCUAGAUUGGAACUGCAAGCGGCGGUCAUUGGUAGCCGUUUAGCAAAAUCCAUUGCCGAGUACCACACGAUUCCCGUGCGACGCAGAUUUUUCUGGAGCGACUCCACAACAGUCCUAGCGUGGAUAAACUCGGAUACAAGGAGGUAUCGCCAGUAUGUAGCAGUGCGUAUUGGAGAGAUCCUAGAAGAAACGGAACCUGAAGAGUGGCGUUGGAUCGGAACAAAGCUUAACAUUGCAGACGACGCUACAAAAUGGGGAAAGGGUCCCACAAUGCAAAUGGAGAGUCAUUGGUUCACUGGACCUGAUUUUUUGAUCCAGUCGGAGAGCAACUGGCCGCAUCAUCAGCCGUUAUCAACGGGCACUAAAGAAGAACUGCGUGCUAUACAUGUACACCGAACAAUACUAAUACAACCAAUUAUCAAGUAUGACCGAUUUUCUAAGUGGGAACGAAUGCUUCGCGCCAUGGCAUUUGUAUACUCCUUUAUGGAUCGUCUGCGGAAACCCGUUAAGAACGAGACCGAAUCGCAAUUGAAGCAAGAAGCCUUGGUACGGGCGGAAAGGACGUUGUGGCGGCUCGCUCAAGCAGAAGCAUACGCCGACGAGAUUGCUGCUCUUGAGCAAAUGAAAACGUCCGAAAACAGCAAACCUUUGAAAUUGGAAAACAGUAGUCCUAUCAAACAACUAUCACCGUUUCUGGAUGAGUUCGGCGUCAUACGCAUGCAAGGUCGAACAGAGGCAUGUGCGCUAGCACCGUAUGAUGCGCGGUCUCCUGUAAUAUUGCCAAAAAACCAUCGGGUAACUGAGCUCUUGGUAGACUGGUACCACAAACGUCUUGGUCACCACAACAGUGAAACCGUGGUGAACGAAAUACGUCAAAGGUAUGACAUUUCGGCUCUUCGGACGAUGGUGCGACAGGUGACGAAGCAGUGUCAGUGGUGCACUGUGUACAAGGAACAUCCAGUAGUGCCUAAAAUGGCACCUCUUCCAGAAGCCCGCGUGACUCCGUUCGUUCGUUCUUUCUCGUUGGUUGGAAUUGAUUAUUUCGGGCCGUUUUUGAUAAAAAUCAGCCGUAGUCAGGUGAAACGCUGGGUGGCUCUCUUCACAUGUUUGGUGAUUAGAGCAGUACAUCUGGAAGUAGCCGCGCCACUAUCUACGGAAUCCUGUAGGUUAGCUCUGCGGCGGUUCAUCGCGCGGCGAGGUGCACCGACACAAAUCUACACUGACCAUAGAACAAAUUUUGUCGGUGCCAGCCGAGAGCUGGCCGGACAGAUAGCUGCAAUGAACCGUGAGUUGUCGGAGACUUUCACCGAUACCAAUACACGGUGGUUCUUCAUCCCGCCGUCCUCCCCGCACAUGGGCGGUGCAUGGGAGAGGAUGGUCAGAGCGGUGAAAAUAGCUAUGGAGUCCAUCAAUCAAGCUCGUGCUCCAUCAGAAGAAGUCUUUCACACAAUACUUUGCGAUGCGGAAGCGAUGGUCAACUCAAGACCAUUGACUUACGUGCCACUGGAGACUUCGGACCAAGAGGCUUUAACUUCGAAUCACUUUAUUCUUCUGAGUUCAAAUGGGGUCAAACAACAGGAAAAGACACCCACUAUGGAAGGUGAAGCCCUGCGAAACGGAUGGAAUCUUUGUCGUUUUGUCCUGGAUCAGUUCUGGGCAAGAUGGAUUCGGGAGUAUCUACCGGACUUGACUCGACGGACCAAGUGGCAAGAAGACGUGAAGCCUAUCCAGGAAAAUGACGUCGUUUUCAUCGUAGGCGAGACCACUCGCAAUCAAUGGCCUCGAGGCAAGGUGUUGAAGGUCAUCCCUGGAAAAGAUGGUCGUAUUCGACAAGUGGAUGUUCAGACUGCUACAGGAAUUCUUCGGCGUCCCGUAGCGAAGCUAGCCGUGCUGGACGUACAUCCUAAAAGUAAUCCUGCUGGAUCGGAGCAGCAUUACGGGGAGGGGGAUGUUGCGGGAGGCGUUACAACCGUCAGCGCGGCAGCAGAAAUGGACCACAGGGAUGCUGCAGGUUUGACGGACGGCUUGUCACCCGUUAGCUUUAUUGGUAUGAGUGGAGAUGUAGACGAAGACAGCUCCAAAUGUCAGGUAGAAUAA